UUUGCAUACAUCGGCGCAAAAACAAACAACCUAAAAGGGAGAGAGAGUGUGUGUGUGUGAACUCCAACGACUUACUUGGUCGCAUGGAAAUCCGCACCUGUACAAUUGCCCCCUCACAUCCCAACUGACUCACUUUUACAUCUAUCAAAUAAUCUAUUUUUAGUCGCUGAAGUCUUGUCAUCACCAUGCCACCAAAGACAGGAAGGGGCCGCAAGAUAACCGCCGCGCCGCGAGAAAAGGCGGACGGUGCCGGAGACGAAAGCCCAGCUGCAGGACCAUCCCAUGCAGCCGCAAAAGCCUCGCCUUCGACCCGAGGGCGCAAGUCCACUGGAGGCGCCAGAGGGGGUAAGCGACCGGCCGGUGCAUCGAGAAAAUCAGAUGUCCAACCUGGCGAUCCUACCCCGAAAGGCCGUCACCGCCGUUACAGGCCGGGUACUGUUGCCCUCAAGGAAAUCCGCAAAUAUCAACGCUCUUAUGACCUCCUUCUCCGCAAACUCCCAUUCGCAAGACUUGUGCGCGAAGUCGCAUUGGAUCUACUCCCCGCAGAUGUGGGAUCUGAAUUGCGCUGGCAAUCGCAAGCUAUCAUGGCGCUGCAAGAGGCCGCGGAGGCCUUCCUUGUGCAUCUAUUCGAGGACACCAACCUGUGUGCUAUACACGCGAAGCGAGUAACCAUUAUGCAGAAGGACAUCCAACUUGCUCGGAGAAUCCGUGGCGCAUGGGGUGGAUUGGGCUGAACGCGCGUUUGUCCUUGAUACGCAGUUAAGAGAAACAAGCAUACGGUGGAGAGACCACCUGGAGAGUUUGAAUCUUCUCGAUCAUUAUAAUUCCGUUGUUGUCUGGUUUUCUACAAUCUUGGCAUCCUCUAUUAUAUCUGACGGCAAUUUCCUCCCGAAUCUUGCCGGUUGGUGUAUAGGUUGCAGGCGUAUGGGCGGUUAUGGAGUUAUGUCCAGAGCAGGUCUUCUGAAUUGUUUGUGUUAGGACUACCAUUGUGAUUUAUUGUCCAUAUCAAGGCCGUAGGGUCUGUCAGUGUGGUGUGAUCCGUGUAUAAUAGAACAUGGGUGUCUGCGGAGAGGAUUUCUUCUCGUCUUGGGAGAAGGGGUUUAGGAG